AUGAGUAGUGUGGAGUCCACAACCAUUAAUCCGUUCCUGGACUCUCAGUUUCGUUAUGUGCUCAUCCCGGUUUUCUACAUCGUCUUCUUCAUCCUGGGCUUCAUCUCUAAUCUCUAUGUGCUGUUUGUCCUGUGCUGCCUUCAUCAAGCCAAGGCCAUGGGAGAAAUUCACAUCUACAUGACCAACUUGACCAUCGCUGAUCUUCUGUUUGUGUGUGCUCUUCCCUUUUGGAAUAACUACUAUAUCCGUGAAGGAGACUGGGUUUAUGGAGACGUCAUGUGCCAGGUGACAGGCACCUUCUUUUUCAUCAACACUUACGGCACCAUCCUCUUCCUUUCAGCCAUCAGCAUCAACAGAUGCUGGGCGGUGACUCGGCCUCUGGACGCAGCCUUGUCCGACAGCAGACUUCGUGGAAUUAUUGUUUGUUUUUUUAACUGGGUGUUUGUUCUGGCAAUGUCUGUUCCUGUUUUGGUGGGUGAAGUGCACCAGAAAAAUGAAAAUGGACGAAAAAAUGUCACACGCUGUUUUGAGGGAUACCAGGGUGGAACUAACAAGAAAAAGCAAAUAUUGGCUGUCACUCAUUUUUUAAUAAUCGGAUUGUUUUUUGUUGUCUUCUCACUCAUUGUGAUAUGCAAUAUCCUUAUCGCUCGAGUCUUAAUUUAUAAAAACUCUUCUCAGUCGAAAAUUCAGUCUUCAGAAACACAGUCUAAAACGCCCAAUGUAAUGUCCACAUUUAAACAGCUGACAGGGGUAAAACGGAGGGCUCUCCAGAUGUUGCCGGCAGUGGUGGGAGUGUUUGUUUUGUGUUUCCUGCCACACCACAUAGUUCAAGGCCCCUGGACUCUGGCAGUGCUGGAGAUCGAAGACGGCUUUGGCCACGUGAAGUACAGCGAGACCACUCGUCAGUUGCUGAACGACACUCAUCAGAUCACCCUGGUUCUUAUGGGCCUCAACUGCAUUUUGGAUCCUGUAGUUUAUUAUUUUGCCACAGGGAAGUUUAGAGGACUCAUCAAGGCCCACAUUAAAAAAUUAAUCACAUUCACCCAAACUCAGAACUACCACUUAAACCAGCCUGCAUCACCUGUUUGA